GCCAUCAAUCCUUGAAUCGUCGGUCAACAUGCACCAGGAUAAGUACAAUGUUGUGGCUUGUGAUAUCAACGGAGAUGGGACUCAGGACAUUGUUCUAGCCACUACAGAAUAUCAAAACGGUCGAAUGACGCUGGCUUACACCGUCUUCCUCGGAGAUGGCCUUGGUAAAUUCGCGAAGCAUGGGACCACUAUCACCAGGGAUAUACCCGCUCCUCGCCCGCUGAGUGAUACUGUUCCUGGCCAGUUCCAUACUACCAACCUCAAUGGCUCCAACUACCCCAGUGUGAGCUACGUUUACCAAGAACGAAAUGCCAAGGCUUACAUCUGUCUCUCUGUCGAUGGCCGGUGUGAUGGCCGAGUUGGCGAAGCUAAGCUCUAUCGUCUGGCUGACAACAUGCUAUCAUCUACGAUGGAAGUUGUACCAUCUGACCUUAACGGAAACGGUAUCGGAGACUGGCUGCUCUAUAGUAUUGAGAACGGUCAAGUGCGGGUUGUCCCCAUUUAUAACAAUGCUGAACCGACAGACUUUCUGUCUUGGACAAGGGACCCGAUGGGACUUGAGACAAGCUUGACUUACGGGCCUUUGUCUGACCCUUCGGUAUACACCCCAUCAGUCUCGUGGGAGAACUAUCGAAAUCAAUCCCAAGACAGCUACCAGGUUCUUGGAGCUCCCAACUAUGUUGUUACAAGUCUGAAUUAUCAGAAUGACAAGGCUGUCAAUUCGCUCGACUACAAGCUUUCUGUCCAGAAGUCCUAUUCCUCAGCAGUCAUCAACACCAAAGGAAGGGGGUGGCAAGGAUUCGGCGACGUUCAUACACUGAACGUGACUGACAGCAUCUUGACUACCGAAAAGUACUUUCAGACGUGGCCCAUGACAAGUUUGAAGCGCCAAAUUGACACCAAGAGCCCAGAAGGCAAGUUGUUCAAAUCCGAAAAGACAUCCUACGAAUUUGCUGUCACUACAAAAGGCCCAUGGAAGAUUUAUCAUACCAACAAGACACUUGAGCAGACCGACAUGUGGGAAGGCGAUGCCGUCGCCCGGUGCAGCUCUACUACCUAUUCAUACGACGACUAUGGGAAUGUCACAACUCAGUCUUCCUCAGAGUCAGUGCUAGAUCAAUUGGUGCUCCAAUCUUGGCAAAGAUGCACGUACAAAACCAUCAAUGGCAUUACCGGCUUGAUAACCAGCAAGAAGAUCUCGUCGAAAGAACAUAACACUGAUAUGACCAAUUUUGAAGAUGGAGAUGCGUCUUUGAGCCUCUUCGAGUAUGAUUCAUCCAGAGCGGUAUUGAGUAGAAUCUCUGAGUGGUCAUCAGAUACAAGUGCCUUUGCCGCCAAGAGUUUUGCCUUCGACCCCUACGGCAAUGAGGUUGAAACAGUUGAUGCUGUAGGGUUGAAGAAGACCACGACCUACGAUACAGUGUUUAAUUCGUUUGCCGUCAAGGUAGCAUAUGAGGGGCCUGGAAUCUCUUCAGUUUAUCUAGCUGCCUUUGACGAAGCUAGUGGCCAGGAAGUUGCUAAGUUGGAAGAAGAUGGAGCUUUGUCGGCUUACCGCAUGGAUCAAUUCGGUAGAGCCGUUGAGACAAGACUAAGGAGUACGACACAAGAUGCAAGUAGCGUGACUUCUUCCGACUUCUUCGCUGCCACAUCAUUUGUUAGCGACACAAGCCUUUCUACAAUACUUGCUGCUACCUAUCUGGAUCCAUAUAGGUCGUUGACCUUUGAACACAAAAAGCUCCCAUCUGGUUUAUUCUAUCUGGGCGCAAAGGCCCUGAUACAUUUGGGAGAGGGUACACAGAAUCAAAGUGAGAUCUUGGAAGUUUUUGACUGCGCAAAACAAGUCCGGAAAAAGUAUACUCGUCAUGGUCAGGGUUCCCAAAUGAUAUACAUGUCAUGGGAAUAUGAUUCCAGAGGCAACCAUAUCUCUGAGAGUUUUCCCAUCAAGAUAGCUGCCACCGUUGACUUAGACUGGACCCCUAGUCAGUGGGAUGGGUCUACGACGAGUUUCGACAUCCUGGGACGGCCAACGAAGCAAGUUCGCCCUGCGCAUGGGGAUAGCAGUCACUACAUCGUAUCAUCGACAACCUUCCUUGAUGGUGGCGCAAAGAUUCGGGAGCGGGUUCUGACUGCUCCAAGCCGUGAGACGUCCUUAGCAGACAUGACGCAAGUAUCGCUUGUCGAAAAGCAGUAUCUGCGAAUCGGUCAGGAGGAUGUUAUCUCUGAGGUCAUCGAUGAAAAUGGCCUUCGCUCUACGUUCCAAUAUGAUAUCUCAGGGAACAUGAUCUUGGCUACCGAUCCCGCUGGAAACAAGGAAUCUCGCACUUAUAACACCAAGGGUAUGAUUACCACGCUCAACAACAAAUAUCAGAAUACUAGUUCGGCUGAAAGGUCUGCGACAACGUACCUAUACAAUGCCGCAAGCUAUCUUAUUUCUGAGUCCAACGCUUCUGGUGAUAUCAUUACAUAUGAAAGAGACGCCAAGGGACGCCCUUUACGAAAGACGGGCAAAGAUGGACGCGCAGUAGUGUACCUGUAUGAGUCUGCUGGUGUCGAUAAGCCAUCUUCUAUUCUCAUCUACCCUCAGGAAAGCCAAUCGCAUUUGGAAAGUCGCUUCGAUUUUGUAUAUGAUUCCCAAGGUCGGGUCAGCCAGCGCAAAUUGACUGUCGCAGACGGUACCAGCUAUAUCACUACAAUGGUGUACAAUUGGCAGGGCGACAUUACACGAAAAGUCUUCCCUGAUGGAGCGGUACUUGAGAAUGAAUACCAAGGCGGCUUAGCCAAGUCAAGCGUGCUGUCUGGUGGGUCAGCCUCGACCUGGUCUUUGCAAGCUGACAUGGAGAAAUACGGCGCUGCUGAGAAUGUUGAAAGGAUCAAUGUACAAGGAACAGGACUCAAGGACAGGUUUACACACAACUGGGCCUAUGAUGCGCAAGGAUUUCCACUUAAGCACAGCCUUGAUUCUGGAGAUUCUCGUUUAGUCGAAGAGCAUUACAUGUAUAAUGACUCCGACAAGCUUGCACGCAGACAUGAGUUCUUAUCUGGAUCUACUACCGACUACUCGUAUCAAGGUCAGCGACUACUGUCUUCCAAUUCAGGAGGCGGGCUUGAGAAGCUUUACGCUUAUGAUGCUACGGGUAAUUUGACGCAUAAGCGCGGAGUUGAUAUUGAGUACGCAUCAGGCCAAGCUCGUGGAACAAAGGAUGGAAAGUCUUUGUUCGAUGUGUGCUAUGAUGCUAGCGGUCGCAUGAUCAAGAGAACCGCCGGUUCGUCAACAUUUAACUUCAUUUAUGAUAGCUUUGGAUGGCUCAAGUCGUACAAGAACGAGACGGACGCUACCUCUGUUGAGAUAACCACCGAUUUCGAGGGAGAAACAUUGCAACGCCAACAUUCUGACGGAUCAUGGGAGUUGAUGGUGAGCCCAGACUUCAGUAUUCACUCCCUGGUAGACGGUUUGCGAAUUGUUCGUCACAAGCUAUUCGGGAAAGGGUUCUUGCUGGGGACAGUUUCCAACAUGUAUGAAUCAGCGACAUCAUCGCGUCCACUCGGAGGUGGCCGAAGAACUGCAAACCUCUGCUUUGCUGACACCAAGGGUAACAUCACUCAUAUUUACAAGGGUGAAGGUGCCGAGUUGCAGGAGAAGCUUGAUUAUGAUGAUUACGGGUCCUUGGAGUCCGAGGAUCUGGACACGUCGAAAGAGCGCGACAGAACUUGCACUUACGAAGGAAAAACACUUGACGAGGACACUGGGCUUUUGGACUUUGGGGGCAGAUGGUACGAUCCUCUAGUUGGCCGUUUCACUACUGCCGACGACAUUGUCGAUGUGGAUCUCUUGAUACGAACUGAUGGGCUCAAUCGCUAUGCUUUUGAGAACAACGACCCCAUCAACCAUGUCGACCCUACUGGUCAUUGGAGUUGGUCGGCGAUAGCAGGCGUAGCCCUCGGUGCAGUUAUGAUUGUUGGCGCCAUUGCUUUAACUGUGGCGACAGGAGGUGCAGCCGGCGUCCUUGCCGCUGCGGCUGUCGGAGCCUUAGGCGCUGGUGGCCUAGCCGGUAUCACCUAUUCUAUCGAUAACCGCAAUGAGGAAGACACUGGCAAGUUCUGGGGCGGUUUCGGAACCACAGUGGCUAUCAAUGCUCUCAUCGGGGGUGCCACGGGUGCUCUCGGCGCCGUCGCAACUCCGGCCAGAGCUAUGGCCGGUACAGGCCGACUAGCCUCCAAGAUAGGACUGGACUUGGCUCCCAAGACUAUCUCAGUUGUUGGGAAGCUUGCAAGCGUUGGUGGCAAGGCGCUACUCGGAGGCGCAGCAUCGGUUUUCACGAAAGCAACAGAGCGCAGUGUAUCCAACACAUUUUACGGAACUAAUCACGACCUUUUCGCCGACGCAGGCUCCAACUUUGCAACAGGCGCUUUCGUGGGUGCUAUUGUAGGUGCUAUUGGAUGUAAAUCGCCCAGCUCACCAAAUAAGCUGCCUGGCAUCAACAAGUUCGAUGGUCAGCCAUUUAAGCUUAGGGCUUUCGCAGGUGUACGCUCCGUUCUCGCACCUAAGCCUACAGAGUUCUUUCAAUUUCCCGGUAUAACUUCGCAGAUCUUGAAAGCCACAGCGGCUAAGACUGGUGGACUGGCUUCAUAUGGAUAUAAAAAGACUGGACUGGAUAAAGAGGUCAACGCUGCACUGAGAGCAUUUGGAAGAAGCGCUGGUUGGGGAAGAUAAGGGAGAAUCAUCUCAUAGCUUUUCAGAUCAAUCGACA